AUUUCAGCGCCAUUUUGAGAUGUUUUUAGCAUGUAGCUAGCGUUAGCACUGCCACAGCAUGACCAGCAUGACCAGAAACAAGUGCUGAAAACGUAUCCAGAUUUGUACAUGACUGUGAAGUUAGUUGUCUAUGUGAUGGCGAGAUGACUCUAGCUAUCAUCUCAGCGAUAAAUAUCCUUACAAAACCUCUUGGUGAGGCGUCUGUGCAAGAUGCUCAGUCCUCACCCCAAGAGGCUCUCCUGGCAGUGCUUCGGGCCAACACAGCCCUCCUCCAGGAGCAGCUACAGAGUGAGAGCAGCUUCGAGGAGGUGAGGAGGUUGAGGGAGGAGGAGAUGGCGGCGGCAGACUGGUUCUCCAGCGAUACAGAAGACGCCACGUGGUGCUUUGUCCAGGAGUGUCUCCUACUGCUCCUCACCUUGGCACGACACCUGUCCGUUGAACUCGAACGUUUCAAGCAGAACCCCGCUCCAUCUGCAGCUAAACAACGCACCCCUGAGGCAGCUCCACCUUUACCUCCUGAUGUCCUCAGUGUCACCCAGCAGAAGACGCUUGUAGCAGCUCUUCAGUUUGUGGUUUCUCUGGGGCUCUGCCCAUACUUGGCCCCUGGAGUGGGUGUGUCGCUGGGUCGCAGGUCAGCAUUUGGAUCCAUGGUAGAAAAACUUGUCCGCAGUGGGCCGGUGCCAGCACUGGGACGCCGCCUUCUUACCACCACGAAUGUCCUAUUGCAGUUGGCGGAGCUGUCAUCCCUCGCCACAUUGGUUUACACACGGCAUCUGGGGGAUGUGAUGGCAGCACUGUGCCAGCUUGGCUACCAGCCAAACCGGGCAGAGAGAAGCGGCACAGAAGAGGAGAAGAUACAGGAGCUCAGUGCUGAGGAACGUCAAACUUGCAAGAAGGCCCUCGGAGGCCUUUUAGGAAAAGUCUACCAGCCAAUCGUUAUCAAGGAGCUGCUGAUCCUCCAAGGUGGACCCAAACAGUCUGCUGCAGUGGGAAGCUCCAGCGGUUCCAGCAGCGGGGCAGCUCUGGGAUCAGCUCCCACCUGGCUGAGGCGUCUGUGUGGUCAGCUGCUGUCUGAGCGCCUGAUGCAGCCUAACGGUGUCCAGGCUGUAGUCAGAGCCAUCUUGGAGGGAGGAACAGGGGGCGACUCAGACUGGAGGAAAUGUGACGGUGUGGCCAGGAUCCUGGUGACCUGCCCGCAACAGUCUGCCUCAGCAGACAACUACUACAGACAAGUCUGUCAUCAGAUCCUUGACCUCCUGCACUUCAGGGACAAGCUGACAGCCCAGCAGUUUCAGCGUGUGGCCACCAGGGCGGUGCUCUUCACGGUGCAGGAGAAGCCCAGCUUUGCCCAGCAGUAUUUGCUCACUCCUCUGCUCACACCUCUCCACCGCUGUACCACUGCUUCCAAUGAGGGGCAUUUCCAAGCUGCUGUGGAGGAGUGGGAGCUGACACGUUGUGUGAAUGAUGUAUAUAAGAUCUGGGUGGUUGGAAACAGUCCGUCAGCUUCUCUUCUCAAAGCCCUAGAACAAGUUCUUCCUGUUAUCUUCACACUCUUCUGUUUCACCAAGCAGAAUGUCUCCCAUCUACGUGAAGAGGACGAUGCUCUGUAUGAGAAGCUGUCAGGAGAGCAGUGGAGGCUGGAGUGUCUGAUGCAGCUGCUGGCUGAACUCAAAGACUCUGACCUGCCCGGAGACUUCUUCCUGGACCUGCUGGAGGAGCUGGCCAGCUGGGCAGCUGCAGCAGACGAAGAGAAGAAAGAUGAGCAGGAGUUGGACGUGUCAGCCAUGACACUCCUGGAGGUGGAGCAGCAGCUGUUGGGCCCAGCUGCGAGGCAGGGCCAGAGACUCUCUUUGCUUCAGGUGUUGGCUAUGAUGGUUGAGUCCGUGCAGCAUACUGUGCUGCUGAGAAAAACCUCACAGGUGGUGGACUUCAUGGUGUCCCUGCUUAAAAGGGCCUGUGUGGGUCUGGAUCCGGCCACUGGUCCAAAUCGUGGGAACCCCGUAGAGAGCCAGACGCUGAGCAUGGGGAUGGGCGUAGUGGCCACUCUGCUGUCUGGACCUCAGCUUAGUGCAGAGGACUACUCUUCAAUGGCAAGACUGCUCCCACCACUGGAGACGCUGUCUCAGAAGCACCCCGAGGUGGUCAUCCAGGAGUUGGCAUCCAACCUCAGAGCUAUCAUUGCCACUCACGGUGCCUACUGGCCUGAAAACCUCACCGAUGUUGCUCAGCCCUCCAGAAACCCAGAAACGACAGCAAUGAACAACAGUGUGCCUUUUGGGAAAAAACAAACCACGCAAACUGAAACAAGCGACACACAGACUAGUCCUCAUUCAUCUCCCCCGGACAGUAAUUCACCUAGCAACACCCACAUCAGACACCCAGCCUCCUCUGGAAGGUCUGCAGCAGGAAAAAGUCCAAAAGGGGGAGGAAGGACCUCUAGUACCAGUAACCUUUGCCCUCCUACUAAGCCCUUUUCUGAUUGGCUGCUAGAAGCAUGUGACCCGGACGUGCCGACCAGAGCGUUCGCCCUUAGGGUCCUGACCCAGAUGAUGCGAAAGGAAAACCCAGAGGCUGUCCAGGCACAGGAGAAAGUCCUCAUGCUCUUCUUAGAAAACCUGGAGCAUGAAGACUCCUUCAUCUACCUGUCAGCCAUUCAAGGUCUGGCUGCACUGGCUGAUUCCUACCCAGAGAGGAUUCUGGAAAGGCUCCUAAAAGACUUUCAACAUGGUCCCUCCCUCCCUACAUCCAACAAGGAGCACUCCCUGGAAACCCGCCUGAAAGUGGGAGAAGUCCUGAUGAGGGCGAGCAGGGCUAUGGGGGAACUUGCGCCCCACCUUGGCCGUCCUCUAGUCGGCGUCUUCCUGCAAGGAACCAGGGACCCUGACCAAAGCGUCCGAGCCAGCAGUCUGUCCAACCUGGGGGAACUUUGCCAGAGACUGGACUAUGCCCUAGGAACAGUGGCUCAAGAGCUCAGCUCCUGUCUGACUGCUCUGAUAAAGACAGAGAAGGAAGCAGAGGUAAGGAGAGCUGCUGUCCAUGUUAUCACCCUGCUGCUCCGAGGCCUCAGUGGAAAAACCACCCAGGUUCUCAGUGAUGUGUUGUUGGACCUGUACCGAGCUCUAAAGUGGGUGGUUCGCUCAGACCCGGAUGAUGUUGCAGUGCUCCAUGCCCAGCUGGCUCUGGAGGAGCUUGAUGACGUCAUGAGGAGGUUCAUCUUCCCUGAGCAGAAGCUGGAGAAGAAGAUUGUUGUUCUGCCAUAGAGCUCACAUUUUAUUUCCAUAGGGUUUUAACCCCUCCAUAGUUUGGACUGAUAGAGGACUUUAUUUUUAUAUGCUCGACUUAUAGGCAGCACUAGUUCUGCCUCCAUGUGAUGUGGAUUUUAUGGUCAGGCCACCCGUCUGUAACAGCAGCAGCUAAGUCUUGCAUGCCUGCAUACCAAGUCUUUCCUUUAAGAAAAGUUACAGUGACCCUAUACCAUCGUGUUCUAAUGUACUACCAACAGUCCACUUCCAAAAUAAAGUUUUAAAAACAUA